AUGAAAUACGGCAGCGAGCUGAGCUGGAGCGCAGGAAACGCUUGCCCGGGAUUCGCGGCGCCGGCGGGUCUGAAGGAGCGCGGGGAGGAGCGCGGGGAGGAGCGCGGGGAGGAGCGCGGGGAGGAGCGCGGGGAGGAGCGCGGGGAGGAGCGCGCACCUGGGACGCGCGUCGGGGCGGGACCCGCGGAAGGACCAUCCCGGCCCGAGCUCUCCUCUCUGCGCUUCCCGCCCGGGGCAGGUCUGGAAGCCGGAAGCGGCCGUGUGGGAGCUAACUCGGGACUCAGCCGAGGUGAAGCCAGGGGCGCGCCCUCGCUGUGCCCCCAGCCCGGGCACGAGCCCUCCGCGAAGGCCGGAGCCAUGGGGGCUCCGCGCCGCCGGCCGCGCGCGUGCCGGGGGCCCCCGCCGGGGCCGUCGCUCCUGCUUCUCCUCCUGCUCCUGUGCGGCCCGGGCCUGGGUCGCGCCUCCCUGAGGCUCUUGGACCACCCGGCGCCCGUGUGCACCCAGCAGGGGCUGAACUGCACAGUCAAGAACAGUACCUGCCUGGACGACACCUGGAUCCACCCUCGAAGCCUGACCCCCUCGCCCCCCAAAGACGUGCAGACCCAGCUGCGCUUUGUCCACACGCAGCAAGGACACCUGCUCCCCGUGGCUCACGUCGAGUGGACGCUUCAGACAGACGCCAGCAUCCUCUACCUGGAGGGAGCGGAAUUGUCUGUCUUGCAGCUGAACACCAACGAACGUCUGUGCGUCAAGUUUGAGUUUCUGUCCACACUGAAGCAUCAUCACAAGCGGUGGCGUUUUGCCUUCAGCCACUUCGUGGUGGAACCCGGCCAGGAGUACGAGGUGACUGUCCACCACCUGCCUAAGCCCAUCCCUGACGGGGACCCAAACCACCAGUCCAGAAACUUCCUGGUGCCCGACUGCGAGGACCCCAGGAUGAAGAUGACCACGCCCUGCGUGAGCUCAGGCAGCCUGUGGGACCCCAGCAUCACUGUGGAGAUCCUCGAGGCCCACCAGCUGCAGCUGAGCUUCACGCCGUGGAACGAGUCCACCAAAUACCAGAUCCUGCUGGACAGCUUUCUGCCCGCGGAGAACCGCAGCUGCUUCCGGCGCGUCGUGGAUCUGGACGUGCCUGCACAGGAGGCCACCCGGCAGUGCUGCAACGUCACACUCACCCUGCCAGACUUCAGCUGGUGCUGCCGUCACCACGUGCAGCUGCGGGGACGUCCUGGAGGGGCCGGCGGGGUCCGAGGUGGGCCACGUCCCCCUGCCUCUCCUCCCUGCGCUCUGUCCUUGCAGAUCCAGCCCUUCUUCAGCAGCUGCCUCAACGACUGCCUCCGACACUCGGUGGCCGUGCCCUGCCCAGGGGUCCCACACACCCCAGACGCCGCUGAGGCUAAGGCCGACCCCUCCCAGUCUCUGCCGCCUCAGGGGACACAGAGGUCCCUGUGUCCUGGAGUGGAGCCAGGCAGAAAGGCUGUACCAGGAGGCGGCCCUGGGUGGUGGGACCGUGGCCCACCUUGGUGUCAGGGAGGACCCCCCAGGGUGGGCGGUUGGUUGAGGACCCCAGGGCCGGCGCAGCAGAGAGGGCAGCUCGGGGAGGGCAGCGGGCGGGCCCCCGGGGCUGGUGUCACAGGCCUCCCUGCCACGCCAUCACGCUGUUCUCCUGCCACAGACCACAUGCCCCUGUGGGUGUCCAGGUGCAUCCCUGGCCUCUCCAUCCUGUUCGUGGGUUCCGUCAUCCUGCUGACCGUCUGCCUGGCCUGGCGGUUACCGGGGUCCCGUCACGGAAAAUGUGAAAACGGCAGCAAAUGCACAGGUGGGCGCCUCCCGGCUUGGGCGGCCUGGGUUUGGGACGUCCUUCCCGCUGCCACCAGCCUGAGCCCCCCACCCCUGAAGCCCAGGAAGGUCUGGAUCGUCUACUCGGCUGACCACCCCCUCUACGUGGACGUGGUCCUGAAGUUCGCCCAGUUCCUGCUCACCGUGUGCGGCACCGAAGUGGCCCUCGACCUGCUGGAGGAGCAGGCCAUCUCGGAGGCGGGGGUCAUGACCUGGGUGGGCCGCCGGAAGCAGGAGGUGGUGGAGGGCAACUCCAAGAUCAUCGUCCUGUGCUCCCGAGGCACCCGGGCCAAGUGGCAGGCCAUCCUCGGCUGGGAGGACGCCGCCGUCCAGCUUCGCUGUGACCGCGGGAAGCCCGCGGGGGACCUGUUCACGGCGGCCAUGAACAUGAUCCUGCCGGACUUCAAGAGGCCGGCCUGCUUCGGCACCUACAUCGUCUGCUACUUCAGCGACAUCAGCUGCGAGGCUGACAUCCCCGAGCUCUUCAACAUCACCUCCUGCUACGCGCUCAUGGACAAGUUUGAGGAGGUCUACUUCCGCAUCCAGGACCUGGAGAUGUUCGGGCCGGGCCGCAUGCACCGCGUCGGGGCGCUCACGGCCCAGAACUACCUGCAGAGCCCCAGCGGCCAGCAGCUCCGCGAGGCCGUGCAGCGCUUCCACCGCUGGCAGGCCCAGCACCCCGACUGGUUCAAGCUCGAGAACCUCUGCCUGGCAGACGACCAGGACCUCCCGUCCCUGGACGAGGAGGCCUUCGAGGAGCCGCCGCCGGGAGGAGGGAUCGUCCGGCAGGAGCCGCUGGUGCUGGAACCCGCCUCCCAGGGCAGCCUGCUGGUGGAGCUGCUCCUUGCGGGGGAAGGAGGGGGCCCGUCGCGGCUGGAGCCCCAGCCUUGGCCCCAGGAGCAGCCGGCGGCCCAGACGCUCCAGACCACGGUGGUCCCGGUGGACGGGGCCCCUCCGGCGCAGGCGGUGGAGCCCAUCCUUCGGGCCAUCAGGAGCGGUGCCGCCAGCCGGCUGGCCCUGGCUGGGGGAGACGAGGCCUGCCCGCUUCUGGGCGGCUGGGGCCCGGGGCGGAACAGCAUCCUCUUCCUCCCCAUGCACCCCGAGGACCCGCCCGUCCGCAGCAGCCCCACGGGGCGGCCAGUCGGCUCCAUGCUGCCGUCCCUGCAGCAGAGCCCGCGCUGCCAGGAUGUGCGCACGCCCCCUGGGGGGGAGCAGCGGCGGUCUGUGCAGUCCGACCAGGGCUACAUCUCCAGGAGCUCCCCGCAGCUCCCGGACGACGAUGACGGGGACCAGGGCGGGGGGCCGGGCGGGCAGCCGCUGUGUCCCGAGGGCCUGGAGAGCCUGCGGAGCCUCCAGCUCCUGCUCUUCCUCCAGGAGCUUCACAAGAACCCUGGCCUGGAGCCCAAGGGGCCGCCGCGUGGGGCCUCCCCUGCCCAGGGUGGUGAGCACGUGUGUCCGUAGGUGUGGACGUGUGUAUGCUCAUGUGUGAGAUGUGUACCUUUAAAACGUAAACAUCUUGGGGCUUCCCUGGUGGCGCAGUGGUUGAGAGUCCGCCUGCCGAUGCAGGGGACGCAGGUUCGUACCCCGGUCCGGGAGGAUCCCACAUGCCGCGGAGCGGCUGGGCCCGUGAGCCAUGGCCGCUGAGCCUGCGCGUCCGGAGCCUGUGCUCCGCAACGGGAGAGGCCACAGCAGUGAGAGGCCCGCGUACCGCAAAAAAAAAAAAAAAAAGUAAACAUCUUGGCUCUGUCCCCUUAACCUUUCUUCCCGUGACCGUCCCCGCGAGAACCCACAGCCUGUUCCCAGGAGCUAAUGGCGGUGUCCUUGGGUGUCCGUCAUUCGUUCCUUCAGCCUUUAUUUUGUGCCCCGCAUUGCCCUGACCAUCAGGGAGCUGCCCUUCCAGUGAGCGGGAUGGGGUGGCACACGGGGUGGGGCGCGAGAUGCAGAGGCUGCCAGAAGCUCGCCCGGGGCCGUGAAGUCCACAGAAGGGGUGCCUGGCCCAGGGGGAAGCUUCUGGAGGAGGACGUGUCUGAGCCGAAGGAGCAGCUCAUUUCCCGGGCUGAGGGCUGCAGGCGAGCGGGGCAGGGCCGUAACCGAGCCUGCCACGGAAGGCGGGGCAGUGGGCACAGCCUGGGGAGGCCUCGGGGCCAGGCUGGGUGCAGCUGGGGCUCCUUCACCAGGAUGAGCUGCUGCCGUCAGGAGGCUGAGGGCCAAACACACCUAGUCAUUUUCGGAAAGAGACCAGAUAGAAGUGGGUCGUGGCGCCUGACGGCAUCAGCAUGGCGUGAGCCCAGCGUGGCCUCGGUCAGUGGGACCUACGGCCGAGGGUUCUUUCGGGGCCGCAGGCUGGGCCCCUGGGCUGCAGCGCCCGAGCUCGGGAAGCACAGGGAGCCCCCAGCCCUGUGCACGCUGGGGUCCCCACCCUGGGAUUCAGGGUUCUCUUUGCCUGUACCUGAGUCCUGAACUGGAGCUCCAGGCUCCUGCACGGAGGAGAGGAUUCUGAAGUUCGGUGGGAAAUCAGAUACCAGGGUGUGCGCACGCGCGUGUGUGAAAGAGCUUAUCAAUGAAGGAAUGAAUAAAUUUGUUAACUCAGAA